AUGGAGGAAGACGUCACUAAUGUUGACGACCAAGUACAAGUGUCCAAGGCGGAGGCCAAUCACUCGCAGCAUUCGAGGAUCGCUGAUGUCUACCACUGGUACACCAGCGAAAAGUUCAUACAAGCCUACCGAAGAUGCAGGGUCGAAAAUUGGAGCUACGAGACUCUCCCGCUCUGCCUGAAGUACGACACCACCGACAUUCUCAAUUACACAGCCUGGCACCGUCGAUACCCUUCGUGCGGUGGCUCCCAGCAGUCGCCCAUCCUGGUGCUGUUCGCGCAGUCCGAGUACAAGUACUUCGAUCCCAUCCAGUUCUUGAACUACGACUCGUACCUGCAGAUCGACAUCGAGAUGGUCGGCACGACGCGUAAGCACCCGUCUCAGCUCUCCAAGCGCCAUCUGUUCUUCUACCCGUUCGGCGUGGACCUCGGCGUAUUCGGCGGACCCCUGCAGGUGCAGUACAGCUUCUUCAUGGGCACCAUUCACAUUGGAAAGGAUCGCCACUCGGGAUCCGAGCACUUCAUCGAGAACCAGGGAUACGCCGCCGAGGUGCAAUUAAUCCACACCACCGAGAUGUUGAGCGACAACGACUGUCUCAAAGAAGCCAACGGUCUGCUAGUGCUCGUCAUACUUUUUGAGGAGAAAAACGACGAUAAUGAGGAUCUGGCUCCCUUACUGGACGCCAUGCAAGAGCUCCAGGACAACGCUCACAACCUGCACACGAGCACAAAGUUUUUGAUGUCGUCGCUGAUACCGGACGACACGCUCGAGUACUACAUCUACCCGGGCUCACUCUCUUUCCCGCCAUGCACUGAGCGAACCAUCAACGUGGUCUUCCAGAGAACCGUCCCUAUUGGCCAGAAGCAGUUGGAGGAGCUGCGCAAGUUGCGUUGGCGUCUCGGUGGCGACGCUUCAUGCACCGGCCCGCUCGCUGGCAACGUGCGACCCAUCACCGACGGUCGCGGCGGCGUCAAGUCGACGCGCACCAUCUUCCGCUCGUUCUUCUCGUUCACCCCGUCGACUGGCGCCUCUACACACGCCGUGCGCGGCGCCGCCGUCGCUCUGUUCGCAGUCGUCGCCUCGUCGGCGUCUUUAAAGCAACCUUAA